CAAAUUCGACCGUUAUCCAUCCAUUCAUUAUUCCUCAUUUCUUCCAUCUACUUACCGAAACCAUCCCCCUCUUCCUCCAUUGAAAGAAAACAAAUCUUUUCGGAGAAAAGGGAGAAAAGAUGAUGACGACAACCGCAGCCAUCUCUUCUCCUCGCAGAGAAACCAACACCGCCAAAGCUCCUCACCCUCUCCACCAAAUCGCAGAGAACCCAACCCACAAGCUCCUCCUCAAGCAAUGGCUCAAAGAAGAAGAACUAAUCUCCCACCGCACCGCCCUCAAAGAAUCCCAACUCGAUUCCGUCCGCCGUGAAAUUAUAGCCCUCAGCUGCGCCUUCUUCUUAUUCCACUCCCUUUCGCUCAUCCUUCUCUUCUCCAUGGCAGCCCGGCAACCAGUCACGGCAUGCCGCCGCUCAUGGAUUCCCUGUCUCUGCUCCCUCCUCUGUUCCAUGACCAUUGUUUGGGCAAUAAGAUACAAAGCCGACACCGAAAGCCACCUCGAAAAGCUUCUUGAAAGGGAAAAGGAGGAUGGCCUGUUACUUGGAAAGUGUGUGGAAGAACUGAAGAGAAAAGGGGCAGAGUUUGAUCUGUUGAAGGAGGUGGAUGCGCUGAGAAGGGCGAAGAGCUUGAGGGUGGAGGCGAAGGGGAAUGGGAUUGGCGUGGCUAAAAGAUGGUCGAAGAAAGAUUUUGUUUUGAUGUUCUUCUUUGCAGCAGCUUGUGGGGUUUUGGGAUUGAUAAGGUUUGUACUUUGUAGCCGUUAUUAAAUAAUGGCUGUUUAGGACUUUCAGAGGGUUUUUUGGGUUCUUCAAUUAUUCUGAGGUUUUUGGGAAUUCAUAGCAGAAUGUUUUGUUCUGCGGAUUUCUAACUAUUUCUUUGCUUUGAAGUUUAUGUAAUAAGUUAUACUUAGGCUCUG